AUGUCUUCCAACCACGCCAUCGUAAUUCAGGCCGCCGGCAAAGCCGAUAUUGUCACAACUUCAGUCCCCAAGCUCCGAGACGACUACCUCAUCGUCAAGGUCGUGGCCGUCGCAUUGAGCCCAACCGACGUUCUUCAUAUCGACCUGCUUGCCUCCCCCGGAGCUCGAGUCGGCUGCGACUACGCCGGCAUUGUGGAAGAGGUCGGUUCCGAAGUGACCAAAUCCUUCAAGAAAGGAGACCGCGUGGCCGGCGCCGCCCAUGGCUCCAACGCAGUGUAUCACGAGGAUGGCACCUUUGCGGAGUACAUCACCGUGAAGGGCGACAUCCAAAUCCACAUCCCGGACAACGUCAGUUUUGAACAAGCCGCCACUCUCGGCGUUGGCAUUAUCACGGCCGGACAAGCCUUGUACCAGAGCCUCGGAUUGCCUUACUUUGACAAGCCAGCGUCGGAGAAGCUACCUAUUCUUAUUUACGGGGGAAGUACGGCGACCGGAGCCUUAGCUAUCCAGUUCGCAAAGCUAUCGGGACUAUACGUGAUCACGACUGCUUCCCCGCACAACUUCGACUAUCUCAAGGAGCUGGGUGCAGAUGUUUUCCUGGAUUAUCAUUCCGAGACAGUCGUCGAGGAUAUCAAAAAGCUCGCCGACGGUAACUUGCAGCACGUCCUGGACUGUAUUUCGACGGAGCCAUCCGCGUCAAUCAGCGUCAAAGCAAUCAGAGAGGCAGGAGGUAUCUACUCUGCUUUGCGCCUUGUGCCGGCUGAGGUCGUGACAUCAAUCAACAGCAAUGUUACGCCGAAGAUGACCCUGGCGUACACCGCCAUUGGUGAAGCUUUUCAGUUUGGUCCUCAGCCGAUCCCAGCCAACCCGGACGAUUUCGAGUUUGCCAAGAAGCUCUGGGCGGAUACCGAGAGACUGCUGGAGGAUGGGAAGAUCAAAGCGCACAAGGCGACUGUCAAUGAAGGAGGAAACGGGCUCGCCGGUGUGCUCCAUGGCCUUACUCUUGUUAGAGAGGGUAAGGUUAGCGGGGCGAAGUUGGUGUACACCUUGUAG